GAUAAAUGUUGAGAGUCGCUACACGAGUGAAUCUCGCUACAUGUGUGAUUUGCUACACGAGUGACUCGCUACAUGUGUGAUUUGCUACACGAGUGAAUCUCGCUACAUGCUGCGCUGUGUGGGGCAGAGGUUGGCUACAUUGUAUCAGGGAGCGGUAGCGGUAGCGGCUGCGGGCCAGACAGGGACUGGGAGCUGCUGCUGCUGCUGCAGAGCGAUCGCCGCAGUCCCUCCGCUCCGGCCUUUGCCCGCUCCCUCCUCUCGGGCUGAAGCCGCGUUGCAGGAUCUGCUGCUGGAAGCUGCUGGAACAGAGGGCCAGGCCGGAGCUGGGAGGCAGCCGCAGGGAAGCAUGGCCACUACCGUACUCGAUGGCGGGGUGAACCAGACCGAGCUUAGGCCAAACCAGGAGGAGAAGAAACGGAAGCAAGCGGGCGGGGAGAACCAACAGGCCGUCAAAAAGCUGAAGGAAGAGGCCGAGGAGCAGAGCAAGAAGUGUCCGAAGAGGAAAGUGGUUCUGCUGCUGGCCUAUUCGGGGAAAGGUUACCAUGGGAUGCAGAGAAAUGUUGGAUCAUCCCAGUUUAAAACCAUUGAGGACGAGUUGGUGAAGGCACUGGUAAAGGCUGAGUGUAUUCCAGAGAAUCACGGAGAUGACAUGAGGAAAAUGUCCUUUCAGAGAUGUGCAAGAACAGACAAGGGUGUUUCUGCUGCUGGUCAAAUUGUCUCACUGAAACUCUGGCUCAUCGAUAACCUAGUGGAUAAGAUCAAUGAACAUCUACCACCGGGCAUUAAAAUAUUGGGACUGAAGAGGGUAACUGGGAGAUUCAACUCGAAGAACACCUGUGAUGCUAGGACAUACUUCUACAUGCUACCGACCUUCGCCUUUGCGCACAAAGAUCACGAUAGCCAAGAUAUGGGGUAUCGUCUCAGCAGUGAAGCGCUUAGCCAUGUCAACAGGUUGUUGGCCAGCUACAAAGGGACCCACAACUUCCACAACUUCACAUCCGGGAAGGGUCCAAGAGACCCCAGUGCCAAGCGAUACAUAAUGGAAAUGUAUUGUGAAGAGCCUUUUGUGAGGCAAGGCAUGGAAUUUGCUGUCCUGAAGGUCAAGGGGCAAAGUUUCAUGAUGCAUCAAAUAAGGAAGAUGAUUGGAUUAGUGAUUGCUGUAGUGAGAGGUUACGCUGCAGAGUCCAUAAUGGUUCGGAGCUGGGGUGAGGAGAAGGUUGAUGUCCCGAAGGCUCCUGGGCUGGGGCUUGUGUUGGACACCGUUCAUUUUGAGAAGUACAACAACCGUUUUGGUAAUGAUGGAGUUCAUGAGGCCUUGGAGUGGCAUGAUAUUGAGGAACAAAUUAUGGGAUUUAAAGAGGAUUAUAUCUAUCCUACCAUUGUUAAGACUGAAAUUGAGGAGCAGUCCAUGGCCAGUUGGCUGAGUACUUUACCAAUUCAUGACUUUAGCGCCACAGCAUCAGGAGAUCAGUUAAAUGAGAAUCACUCAGAGAAGAUGAGUGCAGACUUGGACGAAGGCAGUGAUGGGGGCGACUCUGACUGAGCUGGUGACUUGGGCUGGACGUUCGAGAACGAUUCUUAAGGCAGCUGGUGGGGAACUGAGGAUGAAGAAAACUGGACAACUGACGUUUCUCCUCUCGGGUGUUUGUACAAGGCGCAUGAAUAGGCUACUCUGGAACGUGAGAAGGGACCCCGAGUCGUUGAGAUUUUUAGAAAAAAAAGUUUAAUCAUUUUUUUUUUUAAGAAAAAGACAAUUUACUUUGUGGUGUACCUCUUCCCUUGGUUUUUUUUUUGUUUUUAAUCAUUGCUCAGAUGGAGGUUUAAAGGAACAAUAAGAUUGGAGGAGUUUGUUUCCUAUUAAAUGUUUUGUUUGUUACAUUCU